AUGCAUUUUUCCAAAAGAAAUCUGCUGUUUGUCGUGCUGCCUAUUCUUUCAAUCCUCUUCUUGUUGAUCUCACCUGUCUGGCUAUCAAGUUUAUCAAAUGCAAAAUAUCGUACAGUUAGAACAAUCACUGAAGAUACCAUAGCUGCUAAAAGAGAUGCUAAGAUCCAGCGCCAUCAUGACCAAACGGAUGAUUUGAUAAGGAGUCAAGCAUAUCGUUCUAUUAAUGAGUUUCAACUAUCAAAUUUAUUAUUGGCGUCUGAUAUCGAAGGUGGACUACAUGCAUUGGAUAGAGAAACAGGUGAAAUUCGUUGGUCAUUAGAUGUUGAACAACCACUAGUACAAAUUUCCUCAAAUAACUCAAAUCACACCAGCAAUGAUCAUAAAGAUUCCCUUGUUUGGAUGGUGGAACCUUAUGGAGAUGGUAAUUUGUAUUUUUUCAAUAAAGAGAUAGGUUUGAAUAAAUUACCAGUUUCAAUAAGUCAUCUAGUGUUACAAAGUCCAUUCGCGUUGGCCAAUGAUGAUAAAAUAUAUACUGGCUCUAGAAAAUCUUCAUUAUACUCAAUUAAUGUUCAAACAGGUGAGGUUCUUUCAUCAUAUGGGUCUGGUUGUGACGUUUUUGAAAACGUUUGUAAAGACGAUCCAGAAGUUGUCUUAGUUGGAAAAACUACUUAUGAGUUAACCAUUCAUUCAAAGGAUAAUACUUAUUGGAAUGUCACCUAUUCAGCUUGGGGACAGAAUAACAUUGAUGUGGAUUUGGCAUAUCAAAAUACAAUUCCAUUAGACGGUACUUACAUUGCUCCGUUCCAUGAUAACACAUUAUUAGCAAUUGACGUCAAUUCUAAGAUUGCCAAAUGGGUUAGCCAGUUACCAAAUACUGUUGUCAAUGUGUUUGAUAUAUUACAAGAUGAAAAAUUGUCAGAUGCCCAAUUGACUGAUAACUUUAUUAUUGUCCCACAUCCGUUGAAACCACCUCAUGGGUUCCAAGAAGAUGAAAACUUGGGUGUAUAUCUUGACCAGACUAAAAAUGGCUCUUGGUAUGCAAUGUCAAGUGACUAUUAUCCAUCGUUAGUCAAAUCUGCCCCAACAUCAAGGUAUUCUCUAAGUGAAAGAUGGAGAACUUCCCAUAUUCUCAACACUCAUGAUCUAUUUAUAACUGCUGUUGUUGGUGUUCAUUUACCAAAUGAAAAUCCUCAAACUAUACCUGAUUCAUCAAGGGCACUGAUUGGCUAUCCUACAAAUUUUCCUCAACAAUACCCUCAGAAACCUAUUCAUACUCCAAGAUCUGAUGACAUAGACACUUAUAAUCCACCCUCAAGAUCAGAAUGGAUUGGCUUACCAUCUUCUUCACAUCCAGUUUUGAAUAUAGAUCCAUCUCCAAGUGAUCAGUAUGAAUUUUUCAAUACUGUUUUUGGAAAGUUUAUCUACAGAUGCUUGGAAAACUUGGUUAUGGUUUUGAUUACAUUGGGUAUAGUAUUUGUUUUCAUCAAACUAAAUUGGAUACCAUCAAUCAAUGUGAUGCUGAAAAAAAAUGGACUAGAAUUGAAAGAGUUAAAUAAAGAGGAAGUAAAGAUAGCUACGCAGGAAUCACUACCAACUCCAUCAGUGGUUCAAGCCAACCAUGAUGCAGAAUCCAAAGAUGAAGUUAACAAAGAAAGUACCGAGGCUAAGGUUAAGAAAGAGGUUAAAAUUUUGGAGCCACCUGAAUCUGAAAAGAUCAGUAAUGAUAAGAAUAAUGAAAAUAAUGGCUUGAAGAAGCGCAAAAGGGGAAGCAGAGGUGGAAAGAAGAAUAAGAAAAACUUGGACAAUACUGGUUCUGAAGCAAAUGAAGUUAUACCCAAACACUCCACCACAAACCCUGCAAAUGGUGUUGUGUCACCAAAAAUCAACGGAUUAACCUUAUCAGACAAUGUUCUUGGUUAUGGAUCUUAUGGUACUGUUGUCUUCAAGGGUAGUUUCCAAAAUAGAGAUGUUGCAGUUAAAAGAAUGUUGAUUGACUUUUAUGAUGUCGCAAGUCAUGAAAUAAAUUUGUUAACUGAAAGUGAUGAUCACCCAAACGUGAUAAGGUAUUUUUACAGUGAGACAAGUGAUAAGUUUUUAUAUAUUGCAUUAGAGUUAUGCUCUGCAAGUUUGGAAGAUGUUAUUGAAAAAUCGCAAGAUCAUUCGGAUUUAAUCAAAAUAAUGAAUCCAGUCAGUGUAUUGCAACAAAUUGCCAAAGGUUUACAUCAUUUACAUUCAUUGAAAAUCGUUCAUAGAGAUAUCAAACCUCAGAAUAUACUUGUUGCUCCACCAAAAAAGAUAAAGGCCAGAUCACUUAAAGAUCAAUUCACACCUGUCAGAAUUUUGAUUUCAGAUUUUGGUCUUUGUAAAAGAUUAGAAGCUGACGAAAGUUCAUUUAGAGCAACAACACAACAUGCUGCUGGUACAUCAGGUUGGAGAGCCCCAGAACUACUUGUUGAUGAAUCAAACUCUACAUAUAAUUCAUGCUCAGUCUCAAGUGAACAUUCCUUCAAUACUUCCACAAAUUCAAUUGUUGAACCAUUGGUUUUUGAUUCCUUAUCAAGAAGAAAAUUAACAAGAGCAAUUGACAUUUUUUCAUUGGGUUGUGUUUUCUUUUACAUAUUAACUAAUGGUGGACAUCCAUUUGGUGAUAGAUAUUUGAGAGAAGGUAAUGUUAUAAAGGAUGAAUACUCAUUAGAUGCAUUAGAUAUAUUGCCAGAUAAUGUUAGUGAAGCUAAAGAUUUGAUAUCCAAGAUGAUAACCAGAAAUCCCAAACUAAGACCAAACACUUCUCAAGUGUUAAAUCAUCCAUAUUUUUGGGAUAAUGCUAGGAAACUGGAAUUUUUGUUGAAAGUGAGUGAUAGGUUUGAAGUUGAGAAGAGAGAUCCACCAAGUGAUUUAUUGAUGAAGUUGGAAUUAGUUGCUCCGAAUGUCAUUGGUGAUGAUUGGUGUGCUAAAUUUGAUAAAAGUUUCUUGGACAACUUGGGAAAAUACAGAAAGUAUCACCCAGAAAGAUUGAUGGAUUUAUUAAGAGCAUUAAGAAACAAGUAUCAUCAUUUUAAUGAUCUACCAGCUGACCUUGUUACAAGAAUGAGUCCAUUACCUAAUGGAUUCUAUCAAUUUUUUAACAAGAAAUUCCCUAAUUUGCUUAUGGAGAUUUAUCAUGUUGUGGAAGAAAACUUGAGUGAUGAUCAUGUUCUAGAGACAUUUUUUAAAGGGGUAGAUUGA